GGGUUUUCCCACAUGGCAUUGGAUGUAAAAUAUCAUUAUUGUAAAGAUUCAAAUUCUCCAACUGGCAUAAGAUACUUUUUAUUUCAUUCUUAUCAGUCUCGUCUGAUAUAAAUGCAUGAGAAGGCAGUACUGGAAAAAAAUCCAGGUCCAACGGAUUCAACCGACUUCAACGAAAUUCUACGAGAAAAAACCCCCCCAAAAAAGGUCAACUCGUGAAAUUAAAAUUCCACCACCACCUUAAUUAAGAAGGCCCUUCCAUGGCUUUUUCCUCCUCCUCCGCUGCCUGACUGUCAUUUUUUCUCUCUCUUUCUCCGCCCUGUUCCACCCCGAAGCCGCCUGUGGAUUUCCAAACCCCCCGCAGGCCCACCUCCACCGGCUAACUUCUAACGCGUCAUUUCAUUUUCCUCCUCCUUUCAGAAAUAAAUUCAAACGAAUUUAAAUACCCAGCUCAUUCCACCCUCCCCCAAAUUGCAAAGCUCUUGAAUGAUCAAAAUAAUAACGUUAAUUACCAGUUUCCCAAUUCCAAAUUUGAUUGAAAUUUCAAAAUAAAAACAGAGCAAUAACUCAUUGCUCUCCUCCUGAAAUGGUGGCUUUGAAAAAAAUGGGUUGGUUUUCGGAGCUGAGCAUUCGGAAACACGGCGACAAUACAAAUGAAAAGGGCAUUUUUUCCUCCUCCUCCUCCUCCCCUGAGUCGAAGAAAUCUGACAAUAUGGGAAUCCUGGCGUUCGAGACGGGAAGAACAAUGUCCAAAUUGGUGUCUCUGUACAAAUCCCUUUCGGAUGCAGAGAUCUCCAGGCUGAAAAAUGAGGUGACCAGGUCUCAGGGGAUUAGGUAUCUGAAUUCAAUGGACCAAGGCCUGCUUAUGAGCCUCGCAUGCGCGGAGAGGCUCGAAGACCUCGACAAGGCGGCCAACGUGGUGAUUCGAUUAGGCCAGAAAUGCCGGGAUUUCGGGUUGAAUCGUUUCGAUCUCGUUUACAUGGAUCUCAAACUCGGGAUCGUUGAUUUUAAGAAGCUGGUUUAUGGUUCCAGAGAGAUCGAGAAGAUGAUUGGGAAAAUGGAGAGAUUGGUUUCGGCAACGUCAAAUUUGUAUACAUCUUUGGAAGCUCUGUCGGGAUUGGAAAUGUCUGAAAGGAGGAUGAAUCAAUGGAAAGACAAAGCACCACCGACUCAACCCAAGCCAAAUGUUAACCUUUUCAAGCAGAAAUUGGAAUCACAGAGAAAACAGGUUCAAUAUUUUCGAGAAACCUCCCUCUGGAGCAAAACGUUUGAUAAGAGCGUUGGACUAAUGGGUCGGGUUGUUUGCUUCGUUUACGCCCGACUUUGUGCAGUAUUCAGCUCUCACGUUCCAGUUCCUUCCUCGGUUUGCUUGAGAAACACAAGGUCUUCGCUUCAGAGUCAUGAGAACAUUCUCAAAUUUCAGCCGGAAUAUUGUCUGAUUGAGCCAAUAAUGAAGGAACAAGUUCGUUCACAUUCCGGGUCGAUCGUGCAAGGCACCAAUAAGCCGAUUCUGGUUCGAUUUUAUAGCCAGAGAUCAAAGUAUUUUCAGCAAGAAGAUGAUGGUUUUGGUUCAUUGACUGUUACAAAGCAUAACAGGGUAUUCCAUGCCGCAGGGCCCUCUACCGUCGGUGGUUGUGGGCUUGCUUUACGUUAUGCUAAUGUGAUUUUAAUGGCAGAGAAAUGCUUGUAUUCGGGCGAAUCAGUAGACCCGGAAACGAGACAAUCCAUGUAUGAAAUGCUGCCGGAGAAUCUUAAAUCCUUGGUCAAAUCAAAGCUGAGUAAAAAUGUGAAGGGAACAGAGCAUGAUGAAUCAUUAGCCUCGGGAUGGAGAGAAGCUUUGAAAGAGAUAUUGGGAUGGCUUGCUCCGAUGGCGGACGACACCGUGCAAUGGCAUUUGGAGAGGAAUCCGGAUAAGAUGAAGUUUGAUGCAAAACCUCCCGUUUUGUUGCUGCAAACGUUGCAUUUUUCGGAUAAAGAGAAGACUGAAGCUGCCAUUGUUGAGGUCCUUGUUAGCUUGAGUUGUAUAUUGAGGCACGAGAAUCGCUUGUUGUGACAUUAUAUUAGUCGUUUACUAGAUUUGGAUUUGGCAAGUUCAACUGUGGAAUAGGUGUAGAUGUUUGUUAGCUAUAAACUGUUAUAGUUAGAAUUAACUGAUUGCAAAUGAGUUCUUUGAAAAAGAGAAAAAAAAAAAAAAUCAAACUAACAAAUAUACAAGAUAUGUUUUGUUGUAUCCUAUGUUCUUCUUUUCAUUUCCUGUAAAUAAGUUGAAACUGAUUGUUUGACAUUAAAUUCUCUAGCUAGCUUUGCUUUUGAGUUGAUUCUUUCAUAAGCUUUGUUAAUUUUCAGAAUGCUGCCUUAGGC